UGAAGCUCUCUCCACCUCGAGAAGCGCGCGGGCGCGUGCGCGUGGCUCGACACAGACCAACACUGCAUGAGAGAUGCGCCCGAUCCAUGAUCCAUGACGCAGGACGAAGCGACUGCUGGAAGCACAGCAGACGAUAAAGACGUUCGAGAUGAAGCGGACGGCUUUCCUCUUUGGCCAUUUUCAAAAGAUCAUUGAAGAUCUCCGACGAGAAUGUCGGACAGGCUGCCCGACAUGCAACGGGCCGUCGCCAAUGCAUCUCGACUCGCUGCCUCUGUGCACGAGCUGCAACGCUCUGACGAUGACGACGACGACGCGGCGCUUCUCGUCCACGUCACUGUGAACGAGGGCGCAGGCGCGGCCAACGACGCCGCGCGCUACGUGACCGACGAGCGCAGCGACAUCUCGUCGGUCCGACCGAUGCUGCGCUCGAUGCGCGCGUCCGUCACCGCCGAAAGCAAGGCCCUACUGCAACCCCUGCAGCCGCCGUCUGCGUCGGGAUCGAAAGAAAAGGUCUGGCCAUGCCCUGGGCCCAACCCGUUCCACGACACGGACCUCGUCCCGUACCUGAGAGAGAGAGGCAUUGUCCAGGUCGUCAUUUGCGGCAUCGCCACCACGGGCGUCGUCCUCUCCACACUCCAGGGCGCACUCGACGUGGGGCUGCACACCGUCGUCGUCAGCGACGCGUGCAUGGACCCGGACCCGAGUCUGCACCAGGCCAUGUUGAGCUACUUUGCAAAGAGGGGUCAAGUCCUCACCACCGACGAGAUCACUCAAGGCAGCGCGCUCAGAGACCUGCUGCACUGACUGGGCCUUUGUAACUGUAGAUAGUGGUAUAUGCGGAAGCAUCUCUAGUACAUCCCCCCUCUCAAGAAAGCUUCUCGAUGCGCUUUGCCAAGCCCUCGAUCCUGGCCUCGACCGACUCCAGGUUGGCCUUGACCCUCUGCUGGUUCUCGCGCAGGCUGCCCUCGACGUUGGACAGGACGACCUUGAGCUCGUCGUGCGUCGUCUCGCUCGUCUUUGCCGCCACAAAGAGCUCAGAGACGUCAUCGGAGAAGCCGGCGGCCGAGGCAUGGAGCGACGAGAGAGAGUGGAGGCGCGAGAGGAGCGUGGGAGCCAGAGG